UCACCGUCACGUCCAACUUCCCCUCUCACGCGCGCCUCUAAUGACGCAGUCAAGUGUCAGCGCGCAUGGAGCGCGUGUGUGAGCGCGCGUGCGUUUCUGCGCGUGUGUGUUACUCGAGCCUUCAUAUUCCUCCGACGUGAGAGAGUAACUGUCAGAAGAGCAAGAAGUCAAGCGCACGGAACCCCAAAAUUAGAGAAGAAGACGAGUCCAGAAGAGUCGGGGAGAUGAGGAGGACCAUGUCGAGCCAAAGUCCUCCUGCGCAGCGCGGAGCCUCCAGCAUCAUCAGCCCGCACAGCCUCAGCCUCAGCAUCAGCAUCAGCAGCGGCGGCGCCAUGAGUCCAGUCAGCACGGCCAGCUUCACCCUGGCCGCCCUGCUGCUCCUCACCACACCAGUCUGCCACAGUGCUCCAGUAGAAGUUCAGCAAGCUACAACAGAUCAGAGGCAGCUAUUCAGCCAGAUAGAUGCCGUGUGCUCAUCCUACCUCUCUUCAGAUCUGAAACUUUGGGCAUCUGACGUCUUAGGGGAACUCUGUGUCAUGAUGCUGGUUCAGAAAUCAAAGGAGCUGAAAGUGCAAGAAAAAAGUAAAAGGGCUGAGGUCCAGGGACCAGGUGGAAUCCAGAGCAGAGGUCAUUUCCUUUAUCGGCCACGAAAUGGAAGACGAUCCAUGGACUAUGAGUAAAUUAAAGAGUCUCCACCUCUGAAGCAUAGUGUACAGAGACGACACAGACAGCGAGACCCGAGCCGCUGCACCACGACCGAGUGAUCCGGACUGUAACCACAGCCCCACUGCCACUGAUGUACAGUGAUGUCUGAAUGUACACAACUUAUAUGAUUAAAAUACUAGUCAUUUGUCCAGAUUUUAUUUUGUGUUAUAUGUUUGUCAUUUGCAUUAAAAUGCUGUAACGUG